CAAGAGAGGGAAAAUCAGGUAAACAGAGUGAUGAUAACAUUGAUCGGUAAUUGACGCAUCUCCCACACACACGAAACAACCGACCGCCUUCGUCAUUAACGUACAUCAUUAACGUAAACAUCCGCUAGUUCCAAGGGAGUCGACAAUCCUCUUUUCUCCUCAUCCUCAUUCAUCCCACAACGACGAUGGAUUUCGACGAGAUCCUUCCUGACAUCGGCGAGUACGGGACUUACCAGAAGCUGAUCCUGUGGUUCCUCCUCCUGCCGGGUACGAUGCCGUGCGGCUUCCACGCCUACAACCAGCUCUUCAUGGCUUCCACGCCCGAACACUGGUGCCGCCUGCAGAAGCUGGACGACCUCAACUUUACGACAGAGGUGACGAAGAAUCUCAGCAUACCGUACGACAGUUCAACUCAGCAAUACAGCCGCUGCCAGAGGUACGACUACAACUACACUCAGCACCUCUCCAACCUGGAUCCGCUGAGUCUGAUGGGAGGGGGCGGCACGGUGACCCCGCCAAGUAGUGCCAAGGUGGUGCCAUGCGACCAAGGAUGGCACUACGAUCUUCCGAAAUACUCCACGUCGAUUGUCGCCGACUGGGACCUGGUCUGCGAGAACGACUUCAUGCCGACCCUCGCACUCGUCCUCCUCGGCGCCAGCGGACUCGUCGGGAACUUCGUCUUCGGAUACAUUCAGGACGGGUGUGGGCGGCGCCCGGCGUUCUUCAUUUACCUGGUGAUCGAAUGCGCCUUCGGGAUCGCCACCGCCUUCGCGCCGACUUUCGCCUGGUGGCUCGUGUGCCGCGUGGGCGUGGGCUUCACCGUGCCUGCCAUCAUGUCCACGCCCAUGGUGCUUGCCAUCGAGCUCGUGGGUCCGUCGAAGAGGACCUACACCACCGUCAUCAUGAACGUGGCCUACUCCUGCACGCUCAUCCUCCUGGCUGGCGUGGCGUACCUGGUGCGGGACUGGGCCCAGCUGGCUCUCGCGACGACCAUUCCCUUCCUUGCCUUCUUCUGCUUCUGGUGGGUGUCAAAGACGUGCCUCUACCCGGCGGCAGCUGCCAUAGCCGUGCUUGCUUCAGUGCCAGAGCAUCAGAUUCCUUCAGCCGAAGCUCAGAACAUGGGCUCAUGGUUCACGAACACCUCCGUGUACGUCGGCCUGUCCUACUACGCCCCGGCGCUGGGGGGCGACGCCUACCUCAACUUCUUCCUGGCGGGCGUGGCCGAGCUGCCCACCUACCUGUUCCUGUGGCCGUCCAUGGAGUACUGGGGCCGCCGCUGGACCCUGUGCUUCUCGAUGGUCGUCGGCGGCAGCGCCUGCGUGGCCACGGUCGUCACGCAAGACGACCCCCUGGUGACGCUGGUGCUGUACUGCGUCGGGAAGUUCGGGAUCUCGUCGAGCUUCGUGGUGCUGCCCCUGAUGGCCUCCGAGCUGUACCCGACGGUGGUGCGCGGGAUGGGCCUCUCCGUGUCGGCCGUCGCGGGCAUGAUCGGCCCCAUCGUCAUCCCGCUCAUCAACCACCUCGGCUCAGAGAUGAUGGUCCUCCCGCUGAUCAUCAUGGGCGUCCUCCUGAACCUGGGCGGCGUCUUCUCCCUGAUGCUGCCGGAGACGCUGCAUCAGCACCUGCCUCAGAGCCUGCAGGAAGGGGAAGAGUUCGGCAAGUACUGGACGAUGGCAGACUACUGCACGUGCUGCCCCAAGAGGCCGAGCCGCGCGCACAGCGCAGGGAGCAAGGUGCCCCCCUCCGGCAAUGCGUUCGGAGACAGCGGAAGGUCAUCCCAGGGGGCCGAGGAGCUGCACGCCGCCACCACCCUCCUGCCUCAACGCCACCAGCAGGAUGGGCGGCACGAGAAUUCGACGAAGGCGAGCACUCUCGGCAGGAACGGCGUGCCUCCCGGGGACAGUGAGGAGCGGCCGCAGUCGAGGAUGUCUCUGGACGACUCCUGCAGGAGGCGUCAGGGAGGGGCGUCUGCCGGCGACGAGGGCGAGGAGGGCGCGGGGGAGAAGCAGACGCUCGUGACCGGCAGUAGAAAGGUCACCGUCGUCUAG